CUCGUAUAUAAAGUGGGAUAUCUCUUCCCCCUUUCCGGUCUCCACGGACUGACGACCUCCAAGAUAAACGAAGAGUACCUGAGUCUAUACGAGUUUCAAGUUUGAUCUCACUUUCAUUCGCUUUAGGGAGCGCAACGUCAGGGAGACAUCCGAACCAAAGCGCACGAACAACCACCCGCUCAGCAUGUCUCCCGCAACGACCGAAGCGUCCUCCCGGGCACAAGCACUCCAGGAAAUGGCCAAUAUGGACGUAACAUUGAUGGGGCCAUUCAAGUUGCUCGAAGAACACCCGGAACUGGAUCCGGCCGGGGUAUUGCGCUCCGGACUCGCCAAGGAAAGCGCCGAUCUUUUCCUCGCGUUAGGAGCCCCCGAAAGCCUUGCUCAUGCUCGCAGAUGGUGGACCCUCGGCGCGGCUUUCGAUAACGACAUUGCAGCCAACUGCGCAUACGCCCUGGCACAUAUUUUGUUGGUCAAGCGGUAUACCGACAGCGAUGCCAAUAUCGAAGAGGGCCUUCGAUGGCUGAUCAAAGCGGCCGAUGCUGCACAUAGGGAUGCUUGCGCAUUGCUGGGCAAGUUCUACGAGCAGGGUAUGGGCCCUGGGAACAAGACUUUGAUCGACCGCGACUACAGGCGUGCAUUGGACUAUUACACCCGGCCAUGCCUCUACCAACGCCCACAGCAAGAAGCGGAAAAGAAAGAAGCAAACUCGUCCCCGGUGCCGACUUUCAAGCUCCAAACACACGAGGCGCAAUAUCGCGUAUCGAUAAUUCUCAAGAACGGAUACGGUGGGAUUCCAAUUGACCCGGCUCGGUCUCUCGAGUGGUGCCACAAAGCUGCUUGCAAUCUCUCCGUCCAGGCCGUCUACAGUAUGGGGAUGCGCAUGCUUCCCAAUCUCACCCAUCGUGCCCAAGCAGCGGGUGCCGGAAGAGCAUUGGGUGGCGCUCUCGUACCUUCAAUUCACGGAGGACUUUGCAUCGCUGGAUCCCACACUCAACGAAACGUUUGAGACAGUGGCUGAUCUGAAAAGCGCUCUCUCCGUCGCCGGGGUCCUGCACAUG